AUGGAACAACAUCAGCCCAUAGAUUUGGAUCGUGAAAGUGAUGUUGAGCAACAGAACACUCAAUCAGUUAGGGACAAAAGAACAGCAGAUGUUUGGCAUAAAUAUGUCGAUAUUCGAGAUCCAGAGACUCACAAAAUUGUAAAAGCCCAAUGCAAAAUCUGCUCUAGAGUGUUGAAGGUUGCUACAAAGAAUGGUACAUCAUUUAUGGCUAAUCAUCUUCUUACGUGUCCAAAUAACCCCGGAAAUAUAGAUAAAAAACAAAAGAAAAUUAACAUUUUUAAAACAAGUCAAAGUGAUGCUACCACUGUUUCUAAUUGGGAAUUUAAUCAAAAUUCCAUUAGGCAAUCUUUAGCUAAAAUGAUUGUCAUUGACGAGGAACCAUUUUCUUACGUGGAACGUGAUGGAUUUUGA